AUGAGUGCCACUACCAAUCCCUUUCGCAACGUCGGGAGGAAUGUCGUCUAUCUAGUAGGAGGUUUGAUCGCAUCGAUCUUCGUGACUAAAACGCUCGUCGGCGCAAAUAAGCAAACCCAGUUUGACCGCAUGAAAGAGAAAGCUGCUUCGAAGGAGGACUACUACAAAAACUCUGCACAUGUAAAGCCAGGCUUUCCCCUGCCGGGCGAGAACUUGGCCACAUCCAGGAAAAGUGAAUUCGAAGGCGCGGGUCUAAGCUACUUGAGCAGAAGAGGUGGGGAUAGACUGGGGUUCAUGGACAGGAGGAGUGGCAGUGACUAG